AUGGCCGCUUCAAUUGAAGCGCCUACUUUGCGGACAGUGAGUUCAUUGCUUGCUAAGAAGGAGGAGAAAGUAGAAAAGAAGGAGGAGGUAAAAAAUGAAAGCGAUCCGGUGAUCAAGAAGCAGAAGACGGAGUGGGCGGCAGCCUUGAAAAAGCUGCCAGGUGAUGUGUCAUUUUGCAAGGACUGUCCAUUUGAAAUUCUCGACUACUUGAGCAACUUUACAGAGCGUACACCUUCAACAAAAGGUACUGUGGAAGAACCGCCACACCCAUGUGAACUCGUUGUCCAUGAGUUCAAGGAUCCAGAAACAGCAGCAUUGACUUACACGAAGCUGCACACGUUUCUUGAGGCAGCGCUCAAAGCAGACGGCAGCCGAUUGGCCAUGGCAGCAAGACCAGCCACUAACUUUGCUGAUCUGCCUCCUGGGAAGCAUCAUGCAUGCUCCGUGCCUCUUCAAGAUAUCAUCAUAGCUCUGCCUCCGGAUGGGCUUCCAUGCACCCAAGAUUGGAUGACAUGCGUGCUGUCGUUCCUAUUCAGCGGAAGCCGAUUGUACCGUGAACCACUGGACUUGUACAUCCAAAAAAAUGCUGCACCAGAUGUUUCAGAGCCUCGCUUGGGAGUGAAGAAGGGCUUCACCCGAUUGAACCUUGACGAAAUCAUCCCUUGUCUUGACCUCAUCAAGCCGUUGUUGCCUGCAAUCACAGACCUGUUCUGCAUACCAUCUACGAUCAGCCCGCCCCAAGACACUGAGCUGACAUCGUUCGAUGCCAUUCAGCUCAGCACACAGGGAGCAGAGCGUCAGCGGAAAGAUGUCAUGAAAAUGGCGAUGCGAUUUGAAAUCCUCUUGGCAGAAAGAAAGGCAGCAGGAGGAGUGUCUGACCAAAGCGACAAGGACCUCAUCAUGGAGAUCAUCGGUCGUUACAACGACCACAAGGCCAACUCAGCGAUACGACGCUGGGACUAUUCGCAAGACUUGGAUGCGAUCCUCAUGUCAAAGCCUGCAUCCCUACAAGUGGAGCAGAUCAGCAUGUGGCAGGAUCAUGUGGGCAACGCGUUGGCAAAAAGCUCGGCUGUUCUGACAGGCCUUCAGCGGAGGAUGUUACAGGACUCCAAGCUGGAUGGAAAAGAUCCUGACAAGGUUCACCACGUCGGCUACUGCGACCUUUCGAAGUGGGGUCGGCUAUCGGUGCCCUUGAUCGACGAAGUAUCAAGUUGGGCAGCGAGAACGUUGCAGCUGAACCCUGAGAUGAGCAUGGUGCUGAUCAUCUGCCCGAUGUUGGCGGGGGAAGGAAUUCUCCAUGGUUUGCGAGGAGAGUUUAGGCGCAUCGAAGACAAGCUAGACUCUCUGCAGCUCGCCUUGAAGGUCAUUCAAGUGCUUUUUGAUGCCGCCAUUGAUUUGAUGGGUGAGUUGCAGAGUGAUACCUAUCUGGGCGUUUUUUCGGAGACGGCCAAUUCCACAUUGGCCCAAUAUGUGACAACACAGGUCAAGGACAAGCUUCUAAACGAUUGGAAGCAAGGCACUGGCUUGAUGGCAGCCGCACAGCCCAAGUUCAUCCAGACCGCAGACACAUCUGAAUUUACAAAGCCACGCGAGCUGCAAAUCCAGCACCAGACCUUCACAGUGUUUCGCCCUAACCCAGUGACGGCAAAAGCCGCAAAAGGCACCAACAUCGCUGGGCUGAUCGGUGUGCAGCCGCUGGAGAAGAGCCAGUUCUUGCAGAUGGUGUGGCGAUAUUUGGCUGCAUAA